GAACAUAAUGCCUACUUGAAAGUUCUAAUUGUUUUUGAUACUUUGUUUCCAUGAGUUUUAUCAGUUGAACGGAGUUAAGGAAUUUUAGCAAAAGUUUGCAUGGACUAUUGUAUUUACAUAUUACGUUAUUGUAGCGAAAAAUUCACGUGGUCACUUCAUCAAAUUGAAAGUAGGAGGUGGCGGGAAUGAAUGUCAAGUAUAUGUUUAUACGAUAAACACAUGCCUCAAUAAUGGCUGACAAAGCACAGAAGAAGGAAGAGACUAAAAAGCAGCUGAGAGCUUUACUUCUUUCGGCUCCAGCUGCGUUGACUAUACAGGAGCUGAAGAGAGACUAUCAUGAUUUUAUGGGCGACCCAAUCCCCUUCAGGGAAUUCGGAUACACUACUCUUGAGGAUUUACUUAAAGACAUGCCGGAUGCUCUGAGAGUUUCAUGGGAAAAUGGCGUCAUGUGCCUUGCACCAGUAGCGCAAGAAGCAUCUGUCCAUAUACAAAAACUAGUGUCAAAACAGAAAGUAAAUAACAAAAACAAAUGGGCAACUUUACGACAAGGUGGACCCUCUACCCGUCCUAGACGACCUCCACAGCCCAGGUCUUACAAUAGUAACAGAUCUAGAUGGCAGAAGAGGCACACACCACCACGAAAUCCUCCACCUAAUAUCUCGGCAUACAUACGAAAACAAAUUACAGAACUUCUCAAGUCUUAUCCUAAUGGGUUACCAUUAACACAUUUUGACACUGCAUUUUCCCGAAGGUUUGGUGUUCCAAUUAGCCCGUCUGGUCUUGGUUUUGAUUGUAUGAAAGACCUGUUGCAUUCUCUUCCUGAUAUAGCAAAAUUAAAAGAAUAUCAAGGUGGAGAAUGGCGUGUAGCUCCAGCUUACAUUGAAUCAGUGGCCAGUCGGUCCAACUCUGGGGAACAAAUUCCUGACUACAAGCCUCCACAUCUCCCGAACAAUAAGUCAAAACCCAGCAAGGGUUUUCAGAGGGCAGCUGAACAUUCUGGAGGUUUUAAGACCAGCAGUGAAUCAGUUAAAAAAUACAAUAAAGCUUCAAACUUUGACAGAACGAAGAAGACCGAUCAAUCACAAAUGAAUUUCCAGCCAGCUGGAAUAGAGGAAGGAGACUUCAUAGAGGACAUUCACAGCGAGGAGCCUGACAAUUUUAUUUCCAUGCAAGGACAAGGAAACCUCAAUAACAAAGCUCCAAUUUCCCCUGUUGGCAUUUGUGUUUCCCCAACAUCAGCAUCUCAUGCGCCACGGGGACGAGGAAGAAGACGAACUGGAGACCGCAGUGAAGAUAGGAGAUCCCUGGGCCAUGACAGUACGUUUAGUGGGGGGUCUGUGGAGAUGACCUCGGGUGAAUUUGAUAUCAGUAUUGUUAGCAAAGUGGUACAAAACAACCUUAGACAGAUUCUAGAGGAGAGAAAGGAAGGAAUUUGGGCCAUACAGCUGCCAGCGAUAUAUCUGAAACAAUAUGGAAAGGAACUGUCGUUUCGGGACUAUGGCUACUGGAGUUUGGUGGAGAUGUUGGACUCACUACCUGAGGUGAUGCGGUUGGAGCGACCUACUGAUAAUGGCGACUGGCUUUGCUUUGAUGCCAGACUGCCUGUUAAACACAAACCAGUUAUCCAGAAGCAGGAAACAGUUCCCACAAGAAGAGAGAUACAUUCCAAAGGAAGAUACAGCAGCCGAGGAGAGUUUGAUUCACAACUGGAGGAAAAAAUUAGACAGGUGCUACAGUGUAAACCUAGAGGUGUGCUUCUCAAUGAGUUUCCCAGCCUAUAUAAGGAAUUGACAGGAGAGGUGUUGCCAUUUAGAGAACUAGGCUACGACAAGAUUGAGUUCUUUAUGAUUCCACUCACAGACAGUGUGGUACAUUUGGAAUACAAAGGAGACGGUUGUAUGUUGGUAUAUGCUCUGAACACAGGGAAACCACCUCGCAGAGAUCUUAUCAUCAACCCUCCACAAGAUGAGGACAAAGAUAAGACAAAUAACAUUCCUUCAGAUGCUAUUGGACCGAAAGUGUUCUACAAACCUCUAGAGUUACCUCCCCUUAAUGAAUACAUAGAAAUAUUUGUUUCAAAUGUGGUAUCGCCUGGUCUGUUCUGGAUACAGCUGCGUGGGAAACGUACAACUUUAGCCCUUGAAAAGUGUAUGAAUGAAUUAGAGAAGUUAUACUGCAGUGCUGAAGGUGACCAGUACAAGGUGCCCGACUACUUACUGAUUGUUGGUCAAAUAGUUGCUGCCAUCUUCCCAGAGGAUAACAACUGGCAUCGAUGUGUGGUCUCAGCUCUCAACGUAGACAAAUAUGUGGAGGUGUACUUUGUAGACUUUGGAAACACCUUACUGGUUCACAGACGGAAUAUCCGACUUCUUAGAUCAAAACUAUUGAAGCUGCCAGCUCAAGCUAUACAAGCUCGCCUCGCCCAUCUACAGCCUCUGGAGGAGAACUGGACAUUGAAUGCUAGAAACAGGUUCUUAAACGUAGUCACUAACAGACCCCUGAUAGCCUUAGCCAGCUUUGAAAUGGAUCGUGUACUGUCGCUGGUAUUGGUGGACACCUCGACCAGUUUGGAUGUUGUCCUUAAUGACCUCUUGGUGACAGAAGGAUAUGCCAAAGUGGAGGAUGUUUGA